UGUGAGAAAAGAUGGGCUGUGGUCACUUCUACUGGUUGAACUGGUUAGUCGCUGCUUCAUCCUCUCUGACUUCAUCUCAUCAGUUUCAGGUGUUGAGCUGCAGAAAAACUCCACAAUGACUCCAAAUGUUUUCUGCCUGCUCUUUCUUUUGAUGGCUGACAUGUCUCAUGUUUCAUUUCUCAAGAAUGGACUGAAAAGAUUUAAAUAAACGUUCUAAAAAAUUAUUACAGCUCAAGAAGAACGCAACAUCAUUCUUAAGCACUCUGGAGCUUUCAGUGGACCACCUGCAUUCGCUUUGUCCCGCAUACUGACAAUACUCAGGACUACAUCUACUUCAUGCCAUUGCAUGGGUGUUGGUCCAGCCUGGGACGUCAGAAUGGCGGACAGUUCAUCUCCCUGUCGAGACCCGGAUGUUUGUCCCACCGCACGGUUCAGCAUGAGGUUCUUCACGCUCUGGGUUUCCACCAUGAACAGGUCCGCUCUGACAGAGACGCAUAUGUUAAGAUUCUCUUUGAAAACAUUAAGGAAGGAAAAUAUGACCAGUUCAGAAAAGUACGGACCCACAAUUUGGGAACUCCCUACGACUUCACGUCCGUCAUGCAAUACGAAAAAUAUGCAUUCUCCAAAAAUGGGCUGCCUACCAUUGUGGCCCAGUUCAAUCCUUUCUAUGACUGGGGGCGCGCCACUCAGAUGAGCGCCAACGACAUCGCCCGUGUCAACAGGCUUUACCAAUGCAGUGAGUCUUAAAAAUCUCUGAAACUGCUAUUGUGCUCUCUAAAUAUCUCUAUUUUUUGUUAUCACAGACUAAUAUAACAUGAAGAAAUCAGCUUGACAACCGCCAACAGCCAAGAAUUGAUCUGCUACAAGAACAUUAUCAGCUCAUAAAAAGUUAAACUGCAAAAACCUGGCCACAUAUUUAAAAAGAGCAUCUGGAGCCACCUGCUGGUAGGAGGUUGCAUUGCAUCGCCUGUUGAUGGGAGAUUCCUCAGUCAACUUCAUGCAACUUUGAUUUGAAUUUUCCUGUUGCUUUUUACUUUAC